CUUCUGAGAGUUCCAAUGGCGGAGCUGGUGGCCGCCAUGGCCAUCCGGCCACUGGUGUCCAUGCUGAUGAGCAAGGCGUCCAACUCCCUCCUGGACCAGUACAAGGUGAUGGAAGGAAUGGAGGAGCAGCACAAGAUUCUUAAGCGCAAGCUUCCGGCCAUCCUCGACGUCAUGACCGACGCCGAGGAGCAGGCGACGGAGCAUAGAGAUGGGGCGAAAGCCUGGCUCCAGGAGCUAAAGGCAGUGGCCUAUCAGGCAAAUGAAGUCUUCGACGAAUUCAAGUACGAAGCACUCCGCCGUGAAGCCAGGAAGAAGGGGCACUACAGAGAGCUUGGCUUCCAUGUAAUUAAACUCUUCCCCACUCAUAACCGUUUUGUGUUCCGUCACAGAAUGGGUCGCAAGCUUUGUAGGAUUCUGCAGGCCAUUGAGGUCCUCAUAGCAGAGAUGCAUGCAUUUAGGUUCAAGUACAGACGACAGCCGCAGGUGUCCAAGCAGUGGAGGCAGACUGAUUGUGUUAUCACUGAUCCACGAGAAAUUGCCAGCAGAUCCAGACACAAAGAUAAGAAGAACAUUAUUGAUAUACUAGUUGGUGGAGCUAGCAAUGCAGAUCUCAUAGUUGUUCCCGUCGUUGCAAUGGGGGGCCUCGGCAAGACCACAUUAGCACAACUCAUAUACAAUGAUCCUGAAGUUCAGAAGCAUUUCCAGUUGUUGAUCUGGGUAUGUGUCUCUGACACCUUUGAUGUGAACUGCCUGGCUAAGAGUAUAGUUGAAGCAUGCCCCAAGAAAAAUGAUGAUACAAACAAGCUACCACUAGAAAGACUUCAAAAUUUGGUCAACGGGCAGAGGUAUAUUCUUGUAUUGGAUGAUGUGUGGAACAGGGAUGUCAAUAAGUGGGAACGGCUGAAGGUCUGCCUUGAGCAUGGUGGUACCGGUAGUGCAGUGUUGACAACAACUCGUGAUAAACGAGUUGCUGAAAUUAUGGGUGCAGAUAGACUCUAUGAUCUCACUGUUUUGGAGGAUAUCUUCUUAAAAGAAAUUAUUGUGGAUAGAGCAUUCAGUUCAGAGAAGGAAAAGUCUCCCAAGCUACUCAAGCUGGUUGGUGAGAUUGUGAAGAGAUGUCGUGGCUCUCCUUUAGCUGCAACUGCACUCGGAUCUGUACUUCGUACCAAGACCAGCGUGGAAGAAUGGAAGGCCAUAUCAUCUAGAAGCAGUAUUUGCACUGAGGAAACUGGAAUUUUGCCAAUACUCAAGCUUAGCUACAACGAUUUGCCAGCACACAUGAAGCAGUGCUUUGCUUUCUGUGCCAUAUUUCCCAAGGAUUACAAAAUUAAUUUGGAGAAGCUUAUCCAACUAUGGAUCGCAAAUGGCUUUAUCCCGGAACAUGAGGAAGAUAGUCUUGAAACCAUUGGAAAACUUAUUUUCAGUGAGCUAGCAUCAAGGUCAUUCUUUCUGGACAUAGAGGAAAGUAAAGAAGGGUAUUAUUCUGAUAUGGGAAAAGACUAUUAUACCAUAACUACAUGCAAAAUCCAUGAUCUUAUGCAUGAUAUUGCACUGUUUGUUAUGGGAAAGGAAUGUGUCGUUGCAAUUAAGGAACCAAGUCGAACCGAGUGGCUUUCAGAUAGUGCUCGACAUUUGUUCUUCUCAUGUGAAGAAGCAGAAGGUAUUUUGAAUGAUGCUUUGGAGAAAAAAUCUCCUGCCAUUCAAACACUGAUAUGCAAUAGUUUUAUGCUAAGCCCAUUGCAACAUCUUCUAUCAAAAUACAACACUUUGCAUGCCUUGAAGCUCUGCCUGAUAAGAAAAUCGUUUCUACUCAAACCAAAGUAUCUGCAUCACCUGAGGUACCUUGAUCUCUCAUUCAGUGAAAUUAAAGCACUUCCUGAGGAUAUAAGUAUUCUGUAUAACCUGCAAGUGUUGGACCUUUCGAAUUGUCGUUAUCUUGAACGGCUUCCAAGGCAAAUGAAGUAUAUGACUUCCCUCUGCCACCUCUACACUCAUGGAUGUAAGAAGUUGAAGAGCAUGCCUCCAGGACUUGAAAAUCUCACUAAGCUGCAGACACUCACAGUUUUUGUAGCAGGAGUUCCUGGCCCUGAUUGCAGUGAUGUUGCAGAGCUGCAGAAUUUAAACCUUGGUGGUCAGCUAGAGCUAUGCCAGGUAGAGAAUGCUGAAAAAGCAGAAUCAGAAGUGGCAAACCUUGGAAACAAGAAGGAUCUCAGUGAAUUGACAUUAAGAUGGAGUAAGGUUGGCGAGAGCAAGGUGCUCGACAAUUUCAAACCUCAUGGUGGGCUGCAGGUUCUGAAGAUAUAUUCCUAUGGAGGAGAGUGCAUGGGUAUGUUGCAAACCAUGGUUGAGAUCCAUCUUUUUCAUUGUGAAAGAUUGCAAUUUUUGUUCAGGUGCAGUACAAUCUUCACUUUUCCAAGAUUGAAGGUGCUUACACUAGAACAUUUGUUGGGUUUUGAGAGAUGGUGUGAAAUAGAUGAGAAGCAAGAGAAACAGGCAAUAUUUCCUGUGCUUGAGAAGUUGUUUAUUAGUAAUUGUGGUAAGUUGGUAGCAUUGGCUGAAGCACCCUUGUUGCAAGGACCUUGUGAUGAAGGUGGUUAUACAUUUGUACACUCAGUGUUUCCUGCCCUAAAGGUUCUCAAAAUGGAAGACUUAGAGAACUUUCAGAGAUGGGAUGCAGUGGAAGAGACUCAAGGAAAACAAAUGUUGUUUCCUUGGCUGGAGGAACUAUCAAUUAAGAAAUGCCCAAGGCUGACAGCAUUACCUGAAGCACCAUUGCUGCAAGGACCUUGUGGUGAAGGCAGUUAUACAUUCGUAUGGUCAGCAUUUCCUGCCCUAAAGGUGCUCGAAAUGGAAGACUUAGAGAGCUUUCAGAGAUGGGAUGCGGUCGAAGAGAUUCAAGGAGAACAGAUAUUGUUUCCUUGGCUGGAGGAACUAUCAAUUAAGAAAUGCCCAAAGCUGACAGCGUUACCUGAAGCACCAUUGCUACAAGUACCUUGUGGUGAAGGUGGUUAUACAUUGGUACACUCAGCGUUUCCUGCCCUAAAGGUGCUCAAAAUGGAAGACUUGGAGAGCUUUCAGAGAUGGGAUGCUGCUACUGAAGGAGAACAUAUAUUGUUUCCUCACCUUGAGAAAUUAUCAGUUCAGAAAUGCCCACAGCUAGUAGAUUUACCUGAGGCACCAAAACUUAGUGUAUUAGAAAUUAAAGAUGGCAAGCAAGAGAUAUUCCAUUGUGUAGACAGAUAUUUGUCUUCAUUGAACAAUCUAAUAUUGAAGCUAGAAUACAUAGAAAUAACAUCAGAGGUUGCUUGCACUUCAAUUGUACCGGUGGAAAGCAAGGAGAAAUGGAACCAAAAAUCCCCCCUUACAGUUAUGCAGUUAAGUUGCUGCAACUCAUUCUUUGGAGCAGGUGCACGAGAGCCAUGUGACUAUUUUGUACAUCUUGAAGAGUUGAAAAUUGAUAGAUGUGAUGUGCUCGUCCACUGGCCAGUGAAAGUGUUCCACAGCUUGGUAUCCUUGAGAAGAUUAGUGAUUGCAGAGUGCAAAACUCUGGCUGGAUACACACAAGCUCCUCUUGAGCCAUCAGCAACUGAAAGGAGUCAAUGCCUGCCAGGUCUUGAGUCUUUUAAGUUAGAAGAUUGUGCAAGUGUGGUAGAGAUGUUCAAUGUCCCGGCAUCUCUCAAGAUAAUGUAUAUUCGGUGGUGCCCUAAACUUGAGUCCAUUUUUGGCAAGCAGCAGGGCAUGUCCGAGUUCAUUGAAGGUUCUUCUUGCUGUGAGGCGACCGUGCAUGCAGCUGUAUCAGAGUUGCCAUCCUCACCCAUGAAUCACUUUUGUCCAUGCCUAGAAGAUCUAUCUUUAUUUCGAUGUGGAAGCUUACCAGCGGUUCUAAAUCUGCCUCAAUCCUUAAAGAGAUUAGAUAUGUCUCGCUGUAGUAGUAUUCAAGUCCUGACAUGUCAGCCGGGUGGGCUCCAGAAACCAGAAGCCACUACCUCCAUAAGCAGAAGACCUAUCCUGCCAGAGCCACCAGCAGCAGCAGCGACAGCUGCAAGAGAGCAUUUACUUCCUCCCCAUCUCGAAUGUCUAUUAAUAGAGGACUGUGCUGACAUGUUGGGUGGGACACUCCGUCUGCCUGCACCUCUCAAGAGACUAUACAUUAUUGGCAACAGUGGGUUCACAUCGCUGGAGUAUCUGUCGGGAGAGCACCCCCCAUCGCUGGAAAUCCUUGAUCUUGAAAACUGCAGUACCCUGGCAUCCUUGCCGAAUGAUGCGCAAGUAUACAGGUCUCUCUGGCGUCUUGAAAUUACAGGCUGCCCUGCUAUAAAGAAGCUCCCUAGAUGCCUACACCAGCGACUUGGCAGCAUCGAUGACGAUUACAAAGAACUAGAUGCCCGUUAUGAAGUAAUGGCAUUUAAACCAAAGACAUGGAAGAAAAUACCAAGACUAGUCCGUGAGCGGAGGGAGGCUGCUCUAGAAGCCAGGAAAUUCCAGCAAGCCAUGCAGGAGUAAGCAGGGCGGAAACCACAUAGAAACGCCAUGGAUUCUGUUUGCUUCGAAUAAUGUACUAUUAGGUCGACUGGCU